AUGGAAAUCCCAAUUCCUCAGCACUGGAAGCAUCUGUGGGAGACAUGGGAUCUCCGGUGCUUCAUUCUCUUAAGCCUCUCACUGCAGACCUUUUUAAUUUUGUUUGCCCCCUGGAGAAAGCGAACGGCCAGCGGUUGGUUAAUCAUGCCUCUUUGGUCAGCAUACUUGCUCGCCGAUUGGGCUGCUGCCUUUGCAGUGGGACUCAUCUCCAGCAGCCAAGGCAAAUCAACUGGUUCUGAUGAUAACAAUACUGACCUUCUGGCAUUUUGGGCUCCUUUUCUUCUGGUGCACCUUGGUGGCCCUGAUAGUAUAACUGCUUUUGCUUUGGAGGAUAAUGAGCUGUGGCUGAGGCAUCUGCUUGGGCUAUUAGUACAGUGCCUUGCCGCUGUCUAUGUUUUCUUUCAAUCACUUCCCGAAAACAAGCUAUGGAUCCCAACAACUCUCAUGCUUUUUGCUGGAGUCAUCAAAUAUGCUGAGCGGACGCGGUCACUAUAUCUCGCAAGCAUGGAUAGCUUCCGAGACUCCAUGAAUACAGAGCCUAACCCUGGGCCUAACUAUGCCAAGCUCAUGGAUGAAUACUCCUCCAAGAAAGAGGCAAGGCUACCAACACGGAUAGAAAUGCUUCCAGAACCUGAUAGAGAAACCAAAGCUGUCAAUAAAGUCAAAGAAGGUCCAUUGACAGAUUUGGAGAUGGUGCACCAUGCUUACCGAUUUUUCGAAACUUUCAAGGGGCUAAUUGUUGAUCUCAUAUUCAGCUUCCGUGAGCGCAAUCAAAGCCGGGAGUUCUUCCUCGAGAGAUCAGCAAAAGAUGCUUUUAAAGUGGUAGAGGUUGAACUCAAUUUCAUCUAUGAAGUCCUCUACACCAAGGUCAGUGUGGUGCAUAGUACAUUAGGAUUCAUUUGUCGGUUAUUUUCAUUCGGUUCAGUUGCUUCAGCCCUUGCACUCUUCUUUUACGAGAAGAAGCACACUUUCAAACAGGCUGAUAUUGGGAUUACUUACACCCUGCUACUUGGUGCCAUUGCCUUAGAUGCCAUUGCUCUCCUCAUGUUUCUAAUCUCCGAUAGGACUUUUGUUGCACUAUAUAAAUUACUUGAAACUAAUACUGGCAAAAACCCAAUAAAAUAUCUUCUCGGCUGUUUUGGUUGGUUAUUGCAAUUCAAGAGACGCAGGUGGUCUGAGUCUAUUUCAACUUACAACUUGAUAUAUUACUGUUUGCAUCCACGCCGGGAAGUGAAAGACAAAUUGGUUGGCUAUUUGGGCCUUAGCAACUUUCUUGAUGGGUUGAAGUAUGUGGGAAGCAAGUCAUUUAAUGAUGAAUUAAGAGAACACAUCUUCAGUGAGUUGUUAGCAAAAUCUGAGAUAGCAGAUGAUUUAGAAACUGCUAAGGAGAUAUGUUCAUCCAGAGGUGAUUGGAUUCUUCGAGUUGAAAAUCGGAGCCUUCUUUUGUGGCACAUCGCCACCGAACUCUGCUAUAGAGAGGGUCCAAACAAGGAUCGAAACGAGGUUCCAAACAAGGAUGGAAACGAGGAACAAAAGAAGGAUUUUCGUGAAAUUUCCAAGCUCCUCUCAGAUUACAUGAUGUAUCUUCUAGUUAUGCAGCCUACAAUGAUGUCUGCAGUGGCAGGUAUUGGGCAAAUAAGAUUCCGAGAUACCUGUGCUGAGGCCAAGAAGUUCUUUGGAACAGGAAACUCCAGAGGGAGACAGAAUGAAGCAAAUAUCUGUGAACUUAUCGUUUACGUAAUUUUAAGUUUUUUCAAAUAUCUUCUUCUAUUUUUCAUUCUUCCUCCCAUUCUAUUUUUCGAUGCUGUUGAGAAACCCUUUCGUGGAGCAAAAGCAGAACAGGGACAAGGACUGCUUUUAGCCUACCCAUGUUAUCUCCGAGUCAUGAAAUUCUUUGGAAAAGAGAAAUUAGAUUGGGUUGAACAACAGAAAGAUGCCUGCCGAAAGAUCCUUGCUGUUAAUACAGAAGUAAAACCUGUUACUGUUAAGGGGGAUAGAAGCAAAUCUGUGUUGUUCGACGCGUGCCUCCUGGCCAAAGAAUUGAAGGAGUUAGAAGGGAAAGAUGGUGAACCCGACAAAUGGGAAAUAAUGAGCAAAGUUUGGGUGGAAUUGCUGUCUUAUGCUGCCUGUCAUUGCAGAGCAAAUGCGCACGCUGCACAACUGAGCAGUGGUGGACAGCUUAUCAGUGUGGUGUGGUUAUUGAUGGCUCAUCUUGGCUUGGGUGAUCAGUUCCAAAUAAAUGAAGGCAAUGCUAGGGCUAAACUAAUUGUGGAGAAGUAG